GGAAGUAGGAUUCAUGCAACUGUGGAAGAAGAUUUGAUAUACAAUCAUCGAAAUGUUUUUAGCAUCAAUGCUUUUAUGCUAAAAGAAUACUUUAGAGAGUACAGAACCUCUACAUUGCCAAUGAAGUUGAUAUUUCUUAGUAAACCCAAACCAGCUGUAGGGUUUCCGCCAGAAUUGCCAGAACAAUAUUUUGCUGAUUUCUCUGAAAUUUUGGAUGGAAAGCACAACAAAAACAUUUUGAUUGAUGUCAUUGGACAAAUAUUGAACGUGGGUUCAAAAGAAAAUGUUCAAAUGAGAGGAAAGAAAGUGUCAAAUACAAAAUUGGAACUCAUCCUUAGAGAUGCCAAGUAA